AUACAAGCAGCACUGCACCUAAAACCCCCGAGCGGCAAGUGCCUUACUUCACCUCUAACUAUGGACUUAUUAUUUUCUCCCUCUCUUUCUGUGCUUUUAGUUUUGAUUCUUUGUUUAUGCGGUGCUGAUUUUGUGUACACAGCACCAAACAAGAUUGGACAAGGCUACCGUUUGGUCUCUCUUGGAGAGUCCCCUGACGGUGGCCUUCUGGGUGAACUCCUUGUCAACAAGAAAAACAAUAUCUAUGGUCCUGAUAUUCCUCAUUUGCAGCUUUAUGUUAAACAUGAAUCAAAUAAUUGCUUGAGGGUUCACAUUACAGAUGCAGAGAAGCAGAGAUGGGAAGUCCCAUAUAACCUUUUACCCAGAGAAAAGCCUCCAUCUUUGAAACAAGCCAUUGGUAUUAAUUCAAGAAAGAGCCCUUUUCCACUUGGGAGCUCAGAAUAUUCUGGGAAUGACCUCAUCUUUAGCUACAUCUCUGACCCUUUUAGCUUUGCUGUGAGAAGAAAAUCAAAUGGGGAGACCCUUUUCAAUUCCAGCUCUGAGGGAUCCGACCCGUAUAGCAAUUUGGUUUUCAAGGACCAGUACCUUGAAAUAUCCACCAAAUUGCCCAAAGGUGCUUCACUGUAUGGGCUUGGGGAAAGCACAAAGCCCCAUGGGAUAAAGCUGUACCCUAAUGACCCUUAUACCCUGUACACCACUGAUAUAUCAGCCCUUAAUCUGAAUAUGGACUUGUAUGGGUCCCACCCAAUGUACAUGGACUUGAGGAAUGUGAAUGGGGAGGCAUUUUCCCAUGCAGUCCUCUUGCUCAACAGCAAUGGGAUGGAUGUGUUCUACACUGGGACUUCUUUGACAUACAAAGUGAUUGGGGGUGUUUUUGACUUUUACUUCUUCUCUGGUCCCUCUCCUCUUGAUGUUGUUGAUCAGUACACCGCCUUUGUAGGCAGGCCAGCUGCAAUGCCCUAUUGGUCUUUUGGGUUCCAUCAAUGUAGAUGGGGUUACCACAAUUUGUCUGUACUUGAGGACGUUGUUGAUAACUAUCAGAAGGCCAAUAUCCCUCUUGAUGUGAUUUGGACUGAUGAUGAUCACAUGGAUGGAAAGAAGAUCUUUACCCUCAAUCCAGUGAACUAUCCUCGCCCAAAGACAUUGGCAUUCCUAGAUAAAAUUCAUGCACAAGGCAUGAAAUACAUUGUCAUUGUAGAUCCUGGAAUUGGUGUGAACAAAAGUUAUGGAGUCUACCAAAGAGGUAUAGCCAAUGAUGUGUUCAUCAAGUAUAAGGGCAAGCCAUUUGUGGCCCAAGUAUGGCCUGGAGCUGUUAAUUUCCCCGAUUUCCUUAACCCAAAGACUGUUCAAUGGUGGGUUGAUGAAAUUCAUCGAUUCCAUGAACUUUUACCGGUUGAUGGGCUUUGGCUUGACAUGAAUGAAGUUUCCAACUUCUGUAAUGGUUUGUGCACACUACCAGAGGGUAGGAUUUGCCCUAAUGGAACUGGACCCGGUUGGAUCUGCUGCCUAGACUGUAAGAAUGUAACACAAACCAAAUGGGACGAUCCACCUUACAAGAUCAAUGCUUCUGGAAUAGAGGCACCUAUAGGAUACAAAACCAUUGCUACAAGUGCAGAACACAUCAAUGGAAUUUUGGAGUAUGAUGCCCACAGCAUUUAUGGUUUCACCGAGACUGUUGCCACUCACAAAGGCCUUCAAGCACUUGAGGGCAAGCGGCCAUUUAUAUUAACCCGCUCUACAUAUGUUGGUUCUGGCCACUAUGCUGCUCACUGGACAGGGGAUAACAAGGCAACUUGGGAAGAUUUGAAGUAUUCAAUUUCAACAAUGCUGGAUUUUGGAUUAUUCGGUGUGCCUAUGGUGGGGUCAGAUAUAUGCGGAUUCUAUCCAGCACCUACAGAAGAGCUGUGCAACCGGUGGAUCGAACUAGGUGCUUUCUAUCCUUUUUCAAGAGAUCAUGCUAACUACUAUUCUCCUCGACAGGAGCUCUAUCAGUGGGCGUCAGUUGCUGAAUCUGGACGUAAUGCUUUGGGUAUGAGAUAUAAGCUUCUUCCAUAUAUUUACACUUUGAACUAUGAAGCACAUACAACUGGGGCACCAAUUGCUAGACCACUAUUCUUCUCUUUCCCAACUAUAACCGAACUAUAUGGGUUGAGCACUCAGUUCUUGCUAGGAAGCAGUGUCAUGGUCUCUCCAGUGCUGGAAGCGGGCAAAACUGAGGUCACAGCUAUUUUUCCUCCGGGCACUUGGUACAAUCUGUUCGAUAUGACACAGGCCAUUGUUGCAAAGGAGCCAAAGUCGUUCACACUCGAUGCACCUUUGCAUGUGAUCAACGUGCAUUUGUACCAGAAUACCAUAAUUCCUAUGCAACGUGGUGGAGUGAGAACUAAAGAAGCACGAGCAACCCCAUUCAGCCUUAUAGUUGCCUUCCCAUUGGGGGCUUCUAGUGCACAAGCCAAAGGAACGCUCUUCCUUGACGAGGAUGAGCUCCCUGAAAUGAAGCUUGGAAAUGGGUACUCAACAUUGGUAAAAUUCUAUGCAACAGCCAGCAAUGGAACCACUAAGGUAUGGUCAGAUGUUGAGGAAAGCAAGUAUGCAUUGAGUAAAGGGUGGAUCAUAGAGAGAGUAACUGUACUAGGGUUGAAUGCAAUUGGGGGGCAGUUUAAAAUUGAAGUUGAUGGAAGCCCAGUUGCAGAUACUUCCAAGGUGAAGUUUAGCACGACCGGACAUACAUAUCCUCAGGCUCAGGCACAGGAAAGCGAAGGAGUUAAGAACAUGCUGCUUGAGAUUAAUGGUUUGGAGUUGCCUGUAGGUAAAAACUUUGCCAUGUCAUGGCAUAUGGGCAUCACUGCUUAGCUUGAAGAGGGCAGGCUGGCUGGCUAUCAAGGCCGGGGCCGGUUUCUGUCUUUAUUAAAACUAGCUAGCUUGUACCAAUGUACCAUGCAUCAUUUCAAGUUUCGAUCUGUUACAGGAAAGGAAAUGGCCGGGUUGAAAAUUAAGACGUUCACAGAUAGGCAGCAAAUUAAACAGGGUUUGAGGCCGGUUUAAGAUAUAAUAUAUAUAUAUAGUUACCAUUUCCAUCUUGUGUUGGUUUUGAUAUCUAGUGUAGUCAUGUUGUUUCAACCAUAAUUUUAUUAUGCUGUACUUUUGUUGCACUAUAUGGUCUGAUCGAUCGAGACUGUCAGUAAGUUUGGAGAUGAAUAAAAAGGAAUGGUAGCACUGCACA